AUGGCUCUGGAAGAGGUGUUGGCCGUCUCCCAUGACCUCGUUUCUUCAACACCACCGAACCUUUCUUCUUCUUCCUCCUCUUCCUCCUCGCGCUGUUCGACAUCAAGCUUAUCGUUUUAUCACAAGGAAAUCCAGCUCAAGCUCCCAGUCCCGGACAUCCACUUUUCUUUUCUCGAAUCGCAACGAAACGCGUUCCUUUCUUCCUCCUCACUUCGAGCUGACCCAGUUACCCAGUUCGAGUUGGCCCUGGGCUUUCUAGAACACCUGCUUUCCCAACAAUCCAUACCUUCGACUGUUCUUUCUGCCGCCCUACACGCAUUCGAGUCCGAGUUUUUCCAGGAUGAUACCGACAUACACACGCUUGUCGCAGAACAAGCAGAAGGGCUGAAACGUCACUAUUGGCUAGGGGUAUACUAUCGCUGUGUUGAAGCGAGUGACAGUACAAGUUCGAAGCAACCUCGGAGCGCACUCUUACAACAAGCGAAAGCCAACGAAUUCCAACUAUUAGCCGUCUUUGGUGGACAAGGGGAAUCAAGCAGAACAUGCAUCAAGGAGUUUCAAGAGCUGUACAUUGCAUACAAGCCGAUGCUACGCUGUCUGAUAGGAGUUAUCGGACCAUGCCUAUAUGGCCUUUCCACAAGACGAGAGUUCUGCUCUUACUAUAAAGGACGGCGGCUGGAUCUUGAGGCUUGGAUUAGUGAUCCAACUUCUACUCCAGACCUGGAAUUCAUAUCAUCUGCGCCGGUGAGUGUUCCGGUCAUCGGCGCACUGAGCAUUGCUCGGUACUGCGUUGCUUGUCAAGUAAUGGGUCUCAGUCCCGGCGAGUUGAGAUCACUGCUCUAUGCUGCCACAGGCCAUUCUCAGGGUAUCUUGGCUGCGAUUGCAAUCUCGGUAUCGGACUCUUGGGAUGAAUUUUACGAAUACGCUCAUCGGAUAGUUGAAGUCUUGUUCCGUCUGGGUUGGGAAUGUGAUGAUGCGGCACCUUGCGGUAUUGUUCCGCCCAACCAAGAAGAGGCUUCAGAGGCAAAGGAACCGUCUUACAUGCUGAACAUACGCGGAAUCUCCAGAUGGAAAGUCGCAAAAUAUCUCGAUGACGUGAACAAACGUCUACCAGAAGACAGACGCUUGUACUUGUCGCUGGUUAAUGCUCACGACCACUUCGUGGCAGCAGGACCAGUGGCAUCCUUACUACACCUUGAAAGCUACCUCGCCAAUAUUUCCAGCAAGGACCAUGACCAAACUCGGAUACCAUUUGGUAGCCGAAAGCCGUGCAUCCAGCGUAGCUUUUUGCCAGUUAGCACACCGUUCCACACGCCAUACCUUAUUAGAGCGGCUGAACGAGUCAAGGCACAUUUUGCUGACCGUCCCAUUUACUCGGACCAGCUCAUGGUGCCCGUUUACCAUACCGAAACAGGUCUCGAUUUGAGAGAACAACCUGGAAAUGUACUGGCUCUUGCUAUAGAUGCCAUCGCGUCUGCUCAAUGUGAUUGGCCUUCUACCUUAGCAAGUUUUCAAGGAACCCACAUCUUUGUGUUUGACCGAGGUGGCCUUGCGCUGCUAACGAAGAAAGUCAGGGAAGGCCGUGGGGUUCGGGUACUUCAAGCAGGCGAUCUGGAUUCGAAAGACUCGGAGAUGGGAACUAUCUGCGAUCUCUUCUCUCCAAGUCUAUUAAAUACGUCGACUAAACAACAGAGUUGGGGUGAGCAAUUCAAGCCACAGUUGACGACCGGAUCAAAGCCGCAGCUGGAAACCCGAUUGAAUCGAGUGAUUGGAGCACCACCAUUGAUGGUAGCCGGGAUGACUCCUACCACUGUACAUCCGGAUUUCGUCGCCGCUAUCAUGAACGCCGGAUACCACGUCGAGCUAGCAGGAGGAGGCUACUACAAGGCUGCUACUAUGGCAAACGCUCUCGAGGGCCUUGUCAACAACAUUCCACCUGGGCGAGGAGUGACAUGCAACCUCAUAUAUGCCAAUCCACGCACCAUGGCGUGGCAGAUUGACUUACUACGCCGGCUCUCACGGAACAGGGUUAUAGACGGGCUGACCAUCGGUGCCGGGGUGCCUUCGCUAGAGGUUGCCAGCAAGUACAUCAAAACAUUGGGCUUACGACACAUCAGUUUCAAGCCUGGGUCGGUAGCAGGAAUUCGACAAGUUAUAGAAAUUGCAAAGAGGCAUCGUGAUUUUCCAGUGAUAUUGCAAUGGACUGGCGGCAGGGGCGGAGGUCAUCAUUCGUUCGAAGACUUCCAUGCUCCAAUGCUUGCAACAUAUGGAACGAUCAGGCAACAGCCGAAUAUCUACCUCGUUGCUGGAAGCGGCUUUGGCGAUAGCGAGAGCAUAUAUCCCUACCUGAUGGGAUCGUGGUCGGCUAAGAUGGGCCACGCUGCCAUGCCGUUCGAUGGUGUGCUGCUCGGAAGCCGGGUGAUGGUGGCGAAUGACGCGCAUACAUCGCCUGCUGUGAGAAAGAUAAUAUGUUCCGCCCCAGGAGUUCUUGACAGCGAGUGGGAAAAUACUUAUACCGCGAGUACAGGAGGAAUCAUGACUGUGACCUCGGAGAUGGGUGAGCCAAUUCACAAGAUUGCUACCCGAGGAGUCCGCUUGUGGGCUGAGUUCGACAAAAGCAUUUUUAGCAUUCCUCAGAAUCAGCGACCAGUGUACUUGCAACAGCAUCAUCAUUCCAUAAUUAGACGAUUGAACUCCGAUUUCGCGAAACCGUGGUUCGGACGCAAUCUCCGUGGUGAGGUCGUCGAUCUCGAGGAAAUGACAUACCUCGACGUUCUACACAGGUUGGUCGAACUCAUGUACGUUCAGCAUCAACGACGCUGGGUUGAUCCGUCAUAUAUCACAUUUACCAUGCGAAUAGCUCGCCGCUGGAUGGAAAGGCUGCCAGUGGUUACGCGUCAUGUACGCGGAUUGACUGUGGCAUCACUAGAAGAGUCCCCAACUACCUUUCUCGUGUCAUUCCAGUGUGCAUGCCCGACAACUAGCGAAGAGCUAUUGAGUCCUGAAGAUGUAUCUUUCUUUCUGAUUCAAUGUAAGCGGCCAGAAUGCAAGCCUGUCAAUUUCAUUCCAGCGCUCAACGACGACUUUGAAUUCUACUUCAAGAAGGAUUCUCUGUGGCAGUCCGAAGAUGUUGAUUCAGUAAUAGGACAAGAUGCUCAGAGGGUUUGUAUCCUACAUGGCCCGGUAGCAGCACGGUAUUCUCAAUGUGGGGAUGAGUCUGCCAAGGAUAUUCUCGACAACAUCGUGAAUGGGCUUAUAGCCCGACUACAAGAACAGAACCCCCUCCAAAAUCCGCUUCGAGACCUUAAUAGUGGCAUCGCCACCCCAGCAUCGUGGUCCACGGCGUCGUCCAGCGGGAAAGACUUGAGUGAAGAGACACACUCCACUUCGAUAACGUCGUUGUCCGAACUGACCGAUGAAAAUUCUCUAUCUUCGGGAGGCGUAGACGCCAUACCCAGGAGGGGAUGUUCGCCUUGGAUGCGAGCUCUACUCGGCAACGACAUUAUUCUCCAGGAAAGCCUGCGUCAAAAGAACCCGCUCAGUGGACUGAUCGGCCAGAGCCCGGGUAUAUCCCUACAGCUCGAUUUAAACCACCUUGAACUGACUUUGGCCGUGAGCGAUACCUACUCGACAAGUUCGAGAGCUAGGAUAGUUUCCGAGAAUGGGACUGACCUGUCGGUUGAAGUCUACCCAGCAAGGGAGAGUGAGCCACUGAAGUUCUCUUACACGUACAACGAGGCAAAUGCCACUCUCGGACUCAGCGAAGUCAUGGAAGAACGCAACGAGCGGAUAAAGGCGUUCUACAGCAAACUUUGGUUUGAACAGGACCUUGACCCUAGUUGGUCUGUUGGCGACACGUUCCACGGGCCGCAGGUAUCUCUAACACGGGAGCUUGCUGACAGGUUUGAUCAGACAACAGGUGCCGCCUUUAGCGGCUACCGGCAAAUGGUCUCCAGUUCAGAUACGUUGCCCAUCAGUCUGGGAAUCGUUAUUGCUUGGAAGGCCAUAUCCAGACCGCUACUAUUGAGGGAAAUCGAUGGCGACCUUCUUCGCCUAGUUCACCGGUCAAAUGCAUUUGAGUAUCUCGAUGGUGCAUCCCCUUUACGUCUAGGUGAUACUGUCUGCUCGACGUCGAAGGUCCAAGCAGUUCUCAAAGAUGACCAUGGUAUAACGGUUGUCGUAGAAGCCCGCAUAAUGCGAUUAGGAGAAUCUGUCAUGAAAGUAACGUCCGAGUUCCUUUUCCGAGGCGCCAACCAAAAGUCGAUACCUACGUUUCGGCGGGCAGAGGACAAGCGAUGGCGGUUCGACGUCGCCACAGACAUUGAGGAAUUGCUUCUCCUGAGUCGGGGAUGGUUCUAUCCGCGAGAUGAUGUAGGUCCGCUUGUGGGAAGAUCUCUGAUAUUUGUGCUGGAGACCAUGACUAGAUAUCGAGAAGAUGGUUUAAUGGACAUCCGUGUCACCGGAAAAGCCAUUUCGGCCAUUUCUCACGGUGCUGGCAGUGAGGAACAGAGGCUGGGAGACGUCGAGUUUACUGCGGAAGGCUGUUCUGGUAACCCAGUAUUAGACUUUCUUCAACGCAAAGGCAAGCUCACAGAGGCUCGGACCAAUUUCGAAACCCCAGGCUGGAAUGGCAAGUCCUCGAUAGACGUACGGAUGCCUCCGAGCAACCAAGAGUACGCACAGCUGUCGAAGGAUUUCAAUCCAAUCCAUACUUCACCCAUUUUUGCCAGCUUUGCAGGACUGUCCGGAACAAUCUGUCACGGAAUGUACACUUCAGCCGUUGCACAAAAGGUCCUGGAGUAUCUGGUACUUGAGGGCGACCGUGCAAGACUUCACCGUUUUGAGGCUAAAUUCACGGACAUGGUAAUACCAGGGGAAAGGCUGACCGUGCAGAUCCAGCAUACCGGCAUGACCGAGGGCCGGAUGGUAUUCCACAUCACUGCCCUUCGAGACGAAUCCAAUGAACGUGUACUCGAGGUUGAGGCUGAAGUUGAGCAGCCUAGAACGGCGUAUCUGUUUACAGGUCAAGGAAGCCAAAGCAAAGGAAUGGGCAUGGAAUUGUACCGCACAAGCAGCGUUGCAAAGGGCGUCUGGGAUGAGAUUGACCAGCAACUGUACGAUUCUUACGGUUGGUCCAUUCUGGACAUUGUCCGCAAUAACCCAAAGUCUGUCACUGUUCACUUUGGAGGCCAGCAAGGGCGAAGAAUCCGACAAAAGUAUUUGGAAAUCACCACUGAAGUUGUGCUACCAGACGGAAACAAGAUUCUGGAGCCAGCUCUUCCCGGGCUGACAGCGUCAUCCGCUUCCUACACGUUUACCCACCCAAAGGGUCUGCUUUAUUCAACACAAUUUGCGCAGCCGGCAAUUCUGCUCUUUGAGGCGGCAACAUUCACGGAACUGCGCGCCAAGGGCUACGUGUCAGAAGGGGCAGUUUAUGCAGGACACUCGCUUGGAGAAUACGGAGCUUUGUCUGCGCUGUCUCGGUCGACACCAAUGGGCGCUUUGGUAGAACUGGCGUUUCAUCGAGGGUCAGUGAUGCAAGCAUCCGUGGCACGGGAGGAGGGGGCGACGGCGUAUGGGAUGAUGGCGAUGAAUCCCAAGCGCGUUGGGGAUCACUUUACACAAGCCACGCUGGGUUGCCUUGUCCGGCAGAUCGCGACCCAAAGCCGCGAACUCCUUGAGAUUGUAAACUUUAAUAUCGAAGGGGAGCAAUACGUGUGCUCCGGAACAACAGCAAAUCUGUAUGUUUUGGGAAAGUUGAUUGAUCAUAUCGCUGACGCCCCCAACGAAUACCUGGACGAUCCUGCCCUGGCCGAGUUGAAAACCGUCACCGCCGCUCUCAUUGACGAAGCAAAGACACUUUCACGUCCGAUCCAGCUCGAACGCGGCAAGGCGACAAUACCGCUUGAAGGGAUCGACGUGCCAUUCCACUCGAGCCACCUGCGGAAUACCGUUGACCGAUUCCGACAGUGUCUCCUGCGGCCGGGGUUCCUGGUCGACACUGUCGACAUUGCGCAACUGGUGGGACGGUACAUCCCGAAUUUGAUGGCCCGACCGUUUUCGCUGGAUAGGGAGUUUGUGGAGGAAGCGUAUGAGCUGACGAAAAGUCCUGUUUUGGAGGAGAUUUUGGCUGAGUUGUAG